AUGGUAUUGAGCAAGCAAGAAUUGAAGAAUAUCGAAACCGUUUUGGUGGAACUUGCAACGAAAGAAGUUGGGCCCGUUUUGAAGGAAAACGCUGGCAAAAUGUUCGAUUCGUUCGACGACAAAGCGAACCAGGUUGAUUUGGUUACGGCGAUCGACAAGCAGAUCGAGCAGACGAUCUUGAAAAGAUUGAAAGCCGAGUAUCCCGAUUUCCAUUUCAUCGGAGAAGAGAGUUAUACGUCUGCAGACCGUGAAAUUUCAGAUGCUCCUACGUUUAUAGUCGAUCCAAUUGACGGAACGACGAAUUUCAUCCACGGCUACCCGUACAGUUGCACGUCGAUGGGGCUCGUGGAAAAGGGAGUGCCGGUUGUCGGGGUUGUGUACAAUCCGCAUCUGAACCAAUUGUACCAUGCUUCGCAAGGGAACGGCGCUUUUUUAAAUGGUGAGCCUUUGAAACCGGUGGAACGGCCACUUGGGCUGCAGCGGUCGAUCAUUGCGCUUGAAAGCGGGUCUGAGCGGUCCUCGGGGUCAUCUGGUGACGACAAUUUCGAUAUAAAGCAGGCCACGUAUCGAAGCUUGCUCAGCGACCAAGGUGGCUACAUCCACGGCAGCAGAAGUUGCGGUAGUGCGGCGAUGAACAUGUGCAUGGUCGCAAGCGGAUAUCUCGAUGCGUACUGGGAGGGCGGAUGCUGGGCGUGGGACGUUUGCGCCGGCUGGUGUAUCCUGACAGAGACCGGAGGAAAAGUUGUUGGCGGUAAUGCCAACGAGUGGAAAAUCCCGGUGGAUGAAAGGUGUUAUUUGGCCGUGAGAGGCGGUGCUUCGGAAUCCUCGCAGGACAAAUUCAUCGAGGAAUUCUGGUCGCACGUUGCUGGGAAACUCAAGUAUUUCUGGCAGGGCUAA